AUGGCUUGGAUCAAGCGGAGCCUUCGGAUGGGGGGAGUUUUUUUUUGGGGAGAAAAGAGCGGGAAUGAGUUAAAUAAACAUGCACGGGGUGGGGGAGGGGCUUGGCUCGGCGCCGGGGGCUGUGGUGGCUUCAGUGGUGGCGGCGUCAUUGUCAUCGGUGUCAUCGUCAUCGGUGUCAUUGUUGGGUAUUGUCAUUGUUGGUCAUUGUCCAUGUUGGUCAUCGUCAUUGUUGGUCAUUGUCAUUGUCCAUGUUGGUCAUCGUCAUUGUUGGGUAUCAUCGUUGGUCAUCGUUAUCACUGGGCAUUAUCAUUGUUGGUCAUUGUCAUUGUUGGGCAUUGUCAUCGUUGUUGUCAUUGUCAUCGUUGUUCAUCAUCGUUUGUCAUUGUCAUCAUUGGUCAUAGUCAUUGUUGGGCAUUGUCCAUCUUGGGCAUUGUCGUCGUUGGUCAUUGUCAUUGUUGGUCAUUGUCUAUGUUGGGCAUCGUUGGUCAUUGUCAUCGUUGGGCAUUGUCCAUGUUGGGUAUUGUCAUUGUUGGGCAUCAUCGUUGGUCACCGUUAUCAUUGGUCAUUGUCAUCGUUGUUCAUCAUCGUUUGUCAUUGUCAUUGUUGGUCAUUGUCAUCGUUGGUCAUUGUCAUCGUUGUUCAUCAUCGUUUGUCAUUGUCAUCAUUGUUCAUCAUCGUUUGUCAUUGUCAUCAUUGGUCAUAGUCAUUGUUGGUCAUUGUCAUUGUUGGUCAUUGUCUAUGUUGGGCAUCGUUGGUCAUUGUCAUCGUUGGGCAUUGUCCAUGUUGGGUAUUGUCAUUGUUGGGCAUCAUCGUUGGUCACCGUUAUCAUUGAGCAUUGUCAUCGUUGGUCAUUGUCAUCGUUGUUGUCAUUGUCAUCGUUGUUCAUCAUCGUUUGUCAUUGUCAUCAUUGGUCAUAGUCAUUGUUGGGCAUUGUCCAUCUCGGGCAUUGUCGUCGUUGGUCAUUGUCAUUGUUGGUCAUUGUCUAUGUUGGGCAUCGUUGGUCAUUGUCAUCGUUGGGCAUUGUCCAUGUUGGGUAUUGUCAUUGUUGGGCAUCAUCGUUGGUCACCGUUAUCAUUGGGCAUUGUCAUCGUUGGUCAUUGUCAUCGUUGUUCAUCAUCGUUUGUCAUUGUCAUUGUUGGUCAUUGUCCAUGUUGGGUAUUCUCAUUGUUGGGCAUCAUUGUCAUUGGUGUCAUCGUCAUCAUUGUUCACCAUCGUUGGUCAUCGUCCAUGUUGGGUAUUGUCAUCGUUGGGCAUCAUAAUCGGUGUCAUUGUCACUGGUGUCAUUGCCAUCACUGGUCAUCGUUAUCGUUGGUCAUUGUCAUUGUUGGUCAUCGUUGGUCAUUGUUGGGCAUUGUCCAUGUUGGGUAUUGUCAUCGUUGGGCAUCAUCAUCAGUGCCAUUGUCAUCAUUGGUCAUUGUCCAUGUUGGGUAUUGUCAUCGUUGGGCAUCAUCAUCAGUGCCAUUGUCAUCAUUGGUCAUUGUCCAUGUUGGGCAUUGUCAUUGUUGGGCAUUGUCAUUGUUGGGUAUUGUCCAUGUUGGGCAUUGGCCACUGGUAUUGUUAUCACUGGGCAUCACCAUUGGUGUCAUUGUCAUUGGUGUCAUUGUCAUCGUUGGGCAUUAUCAUUGUCACCAGUGUCAUCAUCAUCGGUGCCAUCAUAAUUGGUGUCACUGUUGUCAUUGUCAUGGCUGCCAUUGA